AUGCAAGAAUCUGUCCGAGAAAUUGCUAUGGAAAACAUGGUUGAAAUAGUGAAAUUUCUUUCUCCAGAAGAGGCUUCCCGGCUCUUUGGACAAUUCUUCGACAAUGUCCAAAAUGAGAAGUGUAGCCUCAUGAGGGUAAACAAAGCGAAACACUUUGUACAGCUUGUGUCAGCUAUGCAUCCAAACAGGCCUAUCCGUGAUCAAGUUCCUGCUUUCAUUCAUCUUCUUGCAUCAGAUCCAGAGUUUGAAGUAAGGAACGCAGCAGCAAGCAACAUUGGAACAUUUUGUGAAAAAUUGGACAGUGCAACUGUUCUGAACCAAAUUUUGCCCGUUUUGAAAGACUUGUCACAGCCCGAUGAUCAGCCUGUUGUACAAGGCUCUACUUCACCUACUCAGCAGGUUCGGGAGCACAUUGCAGAGAACGCCUGCUCGAUUUCGUCUGUGAUUGGACGGGAUCCAACAAUAUCGACUUUGUUGCCUUUGUUGAAAUUGUUUCUGGGAGACGAACAAAUUGAGAUCAAAAGAAAGGUGCUCCGCACUGUCGCACCACUUGUUGAAACGCUAGGAGCUGAUGCUUGUGACCAACACUUUAUUCCUGAAGUUCUUAAGAUGGCUCAGGACGUUCAGUGGCGCGUUCGCCUUGCAGUCGUUGAAACAUUACCUGUCUACGCAAAGCAUCUUGGCAUGGAACUAUUCAACACACGGUUCAAGGAUAUUCAGACACGCGCACUGUCCGACUCAUUUGCAUACGUUCGCGAGAGGGCUAUCAAGAAUUUAGAGGACCUUUGCUCAUGUUUCGGAGACUCCUGGAUACAGGAGGAGAUGCUUCCUUCAAUCGAAGAAGCCUCAAAGGGAUCAGGACCAGCUUCGUAUAUUGGAAGGAUCACGUCCCUGCACGCCGUUGGUCAGCUAGCUGGGGUGAUUCCAAGCUCUACACUUACAGAUAGACUUAUUCAGCAGAUCGCGAUCCCGCUCGCCAGAGAUAAGGUCACCAAUGUAAGAAUUGCUGCGGCUGAUGCACUCAAGAAAUGUGCGGAGAAGUUGACCGGGGAAAAUCCAGCUUUCGUUCGAGACAGCAUUCGACCGGUGCUGGUUGAUCUUUCGCAGGAUUCCGACGUCGAUGUUAAAUAUUUGGCGCAAUCAGCCUUGGCGUGA